AUGCAACCAUGGUUUUGGUUCAGCAACUCCCACCAGCCCCUGCCUGCCCCAGCAUCCACCUCGCUGAUGCAGACACCCAGCGGAGUUAUAGCCCAACUCGCCAUGCAGCAGACCCUUUUCUUCCUCCUCCUCUCCCUCCUCCUCUCCUUUCUCUUUCUUACCCCACAGGGUGCUGAGCCCCAAGACCCACUGAGUGUGGAGGCUGAAGAGGGGAGGAAUGCAGUGUUGCCAUGCCUGAUUGACCCCAGGGAUGGACCUUUUGAGCCAAUCACCUGGUCUGGAGGAGGGCAGCUGUCCUCUUUGCAGCAACUAACCCUGAAAAGCCCAGGGCUGGGGGCCCAGGUGGGACCCUCGAACAUCUCCCUCUUCAUCUAUAACGUCUCAGCCGAGUCUGGGGGCUUCUACCUCUGUGAUUGGGGACCACUCACAAAGCAAGAGUCGAAGUUGGGGGCUGCUAUCAGUAUCAAGGGCAGUGGUGAACUGUUCCAGUGGAAUGCUACAGGCCCAGAGGGCUGUGGUCUUAGGAAGGAAUCCUUGUCUGGGAUCCUGCCUUCCAGCUUUUCAGGAUCCAGGUUCCAAACUGAUCCCUCCACUCAACUAUAUGUAUGGGCUGAGGACAAACCUGAGCUGUGGGAUCCCUUCACUCCGUGUAAUGACCAGAACCAAACAGAGGAUUAUAAGGAGCUGACUCUGGCUCCAGGAUCUCCUCUCUGGCUAUCCUGUGAACACCCUCCAUCCUCCCUGAACUGGGGUCCCACAUCAUGGAUUCACUGGCGCCCUGGGAAAAACACUUCACUCCUGAGCCUGGAACUGGGAAAGGGCCUCCCAGCCAGAGAGUUCUGGGUUAUAGGCACUCAAGGAGAAGGUGCCUUGCUAAUUCUGCCCCAGGCUGUUCCCCAGGAUGCUGGUUCCUACCUCUGUAAAAGUGGCAACCUCACCAUCAGCAUUGAGCUGAAAAUCAUCUCACAGCCAGUAUGGCGUUGGCUUUUGGGGGCUGGAGGCUGGAAGAUUCCGGUUGUUGCUCUGACCUAUGUGGCCUUCUGUCUGGGUACCCUGGUUGGGUUCCUUCAAGUUCAGAAAGCCCUGCUUUUACGGAGAAAAAGGAAGCGGAUGACCGAUCGUACCAGGAGGUUCUUCAAAGUGAUGUCUCCAGGGAAUGAGGCCCAGAGUCAGUAUGGGAAUGUGUUACCCCUAUCUGGGACGUCAAGCCUUGGAAAUGUUCGGACCACGAAAUGGACCCCUGGCUUUGGAGAAGCUACUCCAUCCUUUGGUAACCCAUACCGAAGGGACAAGGAAACAGGAAUCCCUGGGCUCAGGAGUCCAGGGCAAGAAGAUCCAGAAGAGGAGGAAGGGGAAGGUUAUGAGGAGCCAGAUGGUGAAGAGGCUUCUGUGGCCUAUGAAAAUAGCCAGGACCAGAUCUCCCAAGAUGAUUGGGGCUAUGAGAAUGAAGAGAAUAGAAAUGUGGCCGCUGAAGAAAUAGAGGACGAUUCUUUCUCCACUGCUGAGUCUUAUGAGAAUGACAACAAGGAAAUGGUUCCACCUGUCUACACAACAACAGGCUUCCUGCUCCCCAAAGGACCUGUUUGGGACACCUGCCGGGAGGCUUCUUCACUUGGGUCUCAGUCUUAUGAAGACAUGAGAGGGAUCCUAUAUGCUGCCCCUCAAAUCCGGAACCUUCAUCCCCAGCCUGGCCCAACCCAGGAGGAAGAUGGUGACUCCUACGAGAAUAUGGAAAAUCCAGAAGAGGCUGGUCCAGAUUGGGAGGCAGGGGGUUGGACCCCAACCUGGAACAAUAGGUGAACCCCUCGACAGCCCCUUAAGUGAGUCGGAAGUAGGCCCCAUCCAGUACUUGAGGAGGGGAGAUUUGGGAGUUAUGUUGGCAAACUGGAUUCUGGUGGUGAGGGGAAGGGAUCAAGGAAGGUAAGGUCUUUUUUGUGGAGCAGGGUAAGAUGAAGCAAGAAUUGUUAGAGCAUUUGGGGAUGAUGCCUGGUGUUUUGGGAGGGAGGGAUUUACAGAGGGCUAGAGGGAGGGGGAAGGGCACCCACUGAGCACCAACCUCCCAUUUUUGUCCUUCCCUCUUUAGGUCUUAGAGACACAACUUCGAUUUAGCAUUCUUUUGAUGCUUAGUCUCUCCAUCUGGAGUGGCUAAGGUCUGAUGAUGUUCAGGGUGUGUGUGUGUGUGUGUGUGUGUGUGUGAGCGAGC